AUGUUGCUCUUCACUAAACCACCUUGCUUUUUAAUACUUUGCCUCUCCUCCUUGCUCCUACCCAUCCCUCCCACAUCCGCCCUCCCAACCUCCAGCUUCCCCACGCGCACAAACACCACCACAAUCAACGCCUACGUCGAGAACAACUGCGUCUUUCCUAUCCACGCCCUCCAAUCUUGGUGCAACGGCGCAGGCGGCACCGCGCACAUCUCUCCACACACGGCUAUUUGGUUUGGGCACGAGUCGGGGAGGGAUGAGUGCGGUGUUAGUAUUGCGCUGACGCGGGGAGAGGAGGGUGAAGGUGAGGGUGUGGGUGAGGGUGGAGGGCCUGCCCGACUUGAGAGGCGGAUGUAUGAGGUGAGGUAUCAGGUGGAUAGUGUAGGCGGAAUUGUGUAUGGUCUUGGAGCCUCCGAGGCGGACGGGUUUGGGGGUGUAGCAGGGAUGUUAGAGGUUGAGGGGAGUGGAUGUGCGCCGAUAGUGUUCACUGCUGGCGACGGUCGUGAUGGCGAUGGGUCGGGUGGCAGCGAAGGGGCUCAGGCAAAGAGUUGCGAUCAGGCGGGCGAUGUGCGGUUCUACCUUUGCUAA